UCUUACAUUUAGACAAAAGGCAAUAUUAAGCUCAUCUUCAAAGGAGAGAGAGAGAGAGAGAGAGAGAGAGAGUGAGAGAGAUGGGAAGAGCUCCUUGUUGUGACAAGGCAAACGUGAAGAAAGGACCAUGGUCACCUGAAGAAGAUGCAAAGCUAAAAGAGUACAUAGACAAGAAUGGAACUGGAGGCAAUUGGAUUGCUCUCCCUCAGAAAGUUGGUCUUAGAAGAUGUGGGAAAAGUUGCAGACUGAGAUGGCUAAACUAUCUUAGACCCAACAUUAAACAUGGAGAGUUCUCUGACGAGGAAGAUAGGAUUAUCAUCAAUCUCUUUGCCAACAUUGGAAGCAGGUGGUCAAUAAUAGCAGCUCAGUUGCCAGGCAGAACUGACAAUGAUAUAAAGAACUAUUGGAACACCAAACUCAAGAAGAAGCUCAUGGGCAUAAUUAAUCAGCCAGGCCAGAGAAAACCUCACUUUUCAACCAACAUUAACAUAUCAUCAUCAUCUUCAUCAUCAUAUUCGUCAUCACCACUUCCAUCUCAUUCAUCAUACGGCUCUCAUUACUCCCAAGCAGUUGGUGGGUCCUACACCACUGGUUUUGAUCCCAUGGCUGCAUUCUCCACAAUUAGUCUCAGUAGUCCUACUACUUCUGGCUCUUUUCUUCAACACCAAGUUAGUACCCAAGAGAGCUUAUUGAGUCAAAUGCAACAACAUUACCAAGUCAAGGAUAGUAGUAGUAGUGGUGGCCUCAUAAUGUUUGGGGCUGGAGGAGGCAGCGGCGGCGGUCAUGAUCAAGCCAGUUGCAGCUCUUCUGACGGAAGCUGCAACAACAAUCAAAUCGGUCAUGGAAGAUCAGGGACUUGUAAUAAUUACCACAACGGGGUUGUGAUUAGUCAGGAGGAUCAAAAGGCCAUAAUCUCAGAUGGGAAUUUUGUAAAUGGGUGGGGGAUAUCAAAUCAGGGUUCAUUUCUAGAGUAUGGUCUUGAGGAGAUUAAGCAGCUGAUUAGUAGUACCAGUACAACCUGCAGCAACAACAACAACUUUUUGUUUGAUGAAAACAAGACAGAGGAAAGGGUCUUGUACUAUUACUAGUAGUACUAGUACUAGUGAUGUUGAUGGUGAUUGUGGGUAAAAUCAAAGAGAUUUGGGAAGAGAACCAAAAGAGAAGUUUUUAAUGGGGUUAAAAGAUUCUCAGAUUUUUGUGGGAAAGUGGUGGUAGGGGUAGGUUGGAAAUCAUGAAUAUAUAUUCUGAUGGGAAAACACCUUUUUUUGGGGACAGAUAGUACAUGGUAAAAAGUUUCCUUUGUGCAUUUCUUUUUGGGAAAUCAUGUGUUUUCUUAGUACAGUUCACUGUCCCCAGAUUUAGACAUAAAUGUCAUGGAAAUCAGAAACCCCUUCUCCCCCAUUAUCAUCUUC